AUGUCGGCCACUCGAUACAACUUCCAAAGGAAGGCCUAUAGGUGGUUUAUCCAUGGCACUUCGCUCUGCGUUUACUUCUCCUGCUGUUUCCUCGAUCUGGGCUCAUUCCGGUAUGUUCAAAAGGAUGAAAGGCUAAGGAAACAUAGCACAUUUUGGCAAUGGAUAGCCAUAGCUAUGUGCAUCAAACUGGGCCUGCUCUGGCUGGAGUUUCCAUUUGUUUUGAUUUGCUUUGGCUGGUUGUACUUGUUGCUAAUCGGAGACUCCAGCGAGUUUACUGAAAACAAUACCUACUACUGGGUACACUUGGUGGCCAUAAUCGUAAUAUCCAGUAUAUCCACCCUGCAGUUGCUGUGGCUCAGCCAUAGCUCAGCCUACAGUGCCCUUGUUGUAUCCAUAGUUAACCGAGUGCUUCAUAUAAACCGCAUUGUGAGGAGGAAUUUCGGGGAUGAGCACUUCUACUCUGACGACUCGCUGGUUCUGCUCUUUCUGCUGAAGAUGGUCCUGACGCUACACCACAUUCUGGCUCAGUAUAGGCCACACGAAAAGAAUAUGAUAGGCGUUCGAUAUCAUACCGUGAAUGUGAUCCUUUUCGAGAUAUUUUACUGCUCCUACAUGUUGUAUCAGUUGCUCUUUCUGGGCUGGCAGCGGACCUUGCUGGCCUUCCUGGAGUCCUACAUCGCACUUGUAAAGGAUAGAGGUUCUCCCACCCCGGAUUACUACCGCAAGGUGAUAGACGUAUUCGACAUUUAUACCCAAAUGGCAGGCAUUCAUUUCCGGGUGUCCAGUGCUUGGCUAAGGGUUUCCUCCAUGUUGUUCGUCAGCUUGUAUUACACGGCCCACGAGGCCACCUUUACCUUUUACUGUUUAUUCGCCAUGUCCGAGAUACCCUUAUUUACCCGAGCCUAUUUGGUAAUCCUAAACAAAGUCGGAACUUGUCUGCAUCCACUCGUUGCCGUUCUGCUGAUGGGUAUGGCCAGUGAUCGAUUAAAGCACUUUGAGGCUCAGCUCUGUGAGAAGAUCUUCCUUAUUGAGUUGCUUCACUCAGAAGACGAUCAUUUGAUUCUGCAGCAGUUUGCCAGACUCAUCAGCUGCAAGUAUCGGAGCUUCCUGCUGCAACAACACUCAUUUCCCAUUCGUAACUUCAUCUGGAACAGGGGGUCCAUCUGUGAUCGGGAUCUGGUUUUUGACUUCUUCGUUUAUCUCAUCAUCAAUGCCACUACGUAUCUGCAGUUUUUGAUUGGUGAUAAUACCAGCAUAUGUGAAGAAGCACUGUGA